GGCAAGCUUUGAUAUGUAUGUCGAGGAAUGCGUAAAACAAACAUUGGGAAUAAAUACACAAAUGCUAUGCUUUGCACGAUUUUAACACAAGAAAAAAUUUGAUAGGGCUAUAUUAAUCGCCUAUACACUACUACAAUUGUAAUUAUUGUCGAUAUCUUACAUCCAAAGUAGGAUCGAACACAGGGAAACAAAUACGUAUAUCAAAAGAAUAGAAAUAGAAAAAGCUAGUCUUCGUUAUUCUGAAGUUUAUCGGUGGUAUAUUACAGGAUAUUUUUUCUAGGCAUAGGUUACUAUAAUUAGUGGUGCGUUGCACGCGUUUGCCAUUCAGCUGCAGGAGAAAGAUAUAGCUGAUCAUGAUUGAAGUGUGGCUUUGAGAUAUGUGUUUGCGUUUACGGAUGAAGAGAAGGACUACGAUCUGGUUUGUAGCACCAUCUAUGUACCGUGUUUUAUAAUUUAUCGAUUUUCUAACCCAAUCCCGGGUUUUUAUUUUGACAGAAAUCGAUAAAAGUUGCCUCAUUUUUGCAAAUUCCAAUACAAAUACAUUUUUUCCAAACGAAAGUUCGAUUAUCGCAUCAAUAGUUUGUUACUAUGGGUAAGUACUUAGUAGUGUUUUUUUGUUGAAUGCUACUUCGAGCAUAACCAUAUAAUCAUUAAUACCUGUUAGUCGAUGUUUUGUUUGCUUUCUUACAUUGAUCCUCGAUAUGUCUUUCCUAAUAAUUUUCCCUUUCUUUAUUUAGAACCAACACAUGAUCAAUCAAGAGUCAUCACUUUUGAAUAUAAAAAACAUGAAAAAUCAUUCAAAGUGCAUAGAAAACUUCCAUAUGAAAACCUUCUUCAUGUCGUCAAAAUUAAUUUUGGUCUCCCCGAUGACGCAGCAGUUGUGCUUUUUGAUCCUGUCGCAAACUGUAGUAUUGCACCUUUAGCAACAACUGAUCUAUGGGCUUGGAAUGAUAGUGAAAUUCCGAAGUAUCGUCUAAUCGUUCGUAGUGAAACGAAUAAACGUAAAUAA